CUUGUCCCUUGCUCCUGCUGCAGGCUGACGAUCCAACCCCGUCCAGCAAUCCAACAAUCCAUUUCUCUCCAGUCGUCGGAUCUGUCUUACUAUUCGUUCCUCUUCCUUAGUCUCAUCCUCUUCCACCUCCUCUCAACCUCCACCGCCUUUUGUGAGACCCUCGUUGCCAUCAUGUCGGUAUGUCCUCGUUGAAUGCAUAUCCUCUGCAUUCGCCAUUUAUGUACUGCCACUCACUAACCCGUUACGUCCAUCAAACAUCCUUCGAGUCCAUCUCAUCCUCCACACCUCUCUCCACUUUGCCUCAAACACGCUCCCUAGACUUCAAUCUGUAACUAAUUCCUGCAAAACACAACCGCCAUGCCCCUCGGCUGUGUUAGUCCCCAGUUUUCAUCCUGUCAUACUGUUCUGUGUGCCUGCCCAUGCUGCCCUGCGAAAACACUCAUCCUCAGUAGUAGUCUUUGAUCUACGUCUUCACCACCCCAGACCCUCAACAUGUCCAUCCCUUUUCUAAUCCUCUAGCUCUAGUUCUCUUCCAUCACUGCCGUGACAGCCCUAUUCUGUCUUCUGACAUGAACCUGGUCCGGUCCAAUAUCAUCAGCCGUACCACUUGAUCCUCUGUUUGCCGCUCACCUGUCCCUCUCACGCCCCUCUCCGGCACUGAAUCUCCUCUUCUACCGCCUUCCUAUACCUUGCUCCACUUCACAGCGUGGGCCAAGAAGACGUGCGUCUGUCGCUUGCGUUGCCUCUUCGUUGGUUCGAGUACCCUCGACGUGCGAGCCCACUGUUCGACGUGGCUUGUCCGGCUCUACUCCCAACGCCGAUCUGAUUACCUCGAUCCGGCCUCAUACUUCUCCUCCGCUACCCAAACAUCCUACGACCCUUUUCAACCAACCCACCUAAGGCUUGAGUCAGACUCGCUGCAAAACCUAGACUACCUCCGACAGGAACGAAGAGUGCUCCCUUGACUCUUCAAGACUACAAACUUCCCUUGGGCAACCUAGGACCAUUGCUCUCGCAUACGCAACCUGUCUACAGAGACUCUCGUCCUCCUUCCGGACCCCCGCUCCGUCCGAGAGGCCUAAGGCUCGGCCCGUCACUUCCUGGCCAUGAGUACAUGUUCACCCACACUGCUUGUGGCGCGAAGGACUUGAGAAAACCAUGCAGUGGCCGCCGUCCCCUCUGGUAGAGGACGAAGAUGUCUCUCUUGCCAAAGAAUGUAUCGCCCGUGUCCCUCUCGAGUCGCUCAAGACCGACAAUCAAGGUGCACAUAGCCGGGGUCCCGUCGACCAAUAUCCCAUAAUCCUCGACAAUGUUGGUCCUGAACCUUCUCUUCAAUCACAGCCCCCUGCUGCACAGAAACCAUGCGAGCUGACCCCAGAUAACUCCUCAAUUGAUGAGCAACAAGAACCAAAAUCCCCCUCCAGCGCCAACACCGAGAGGAGAUUUGUCUUCAUCCCUUCCAACAGCAGCGAGCCCAAAGGGGACAAUGCUCGCCAGACAGACUCUUCCAACAAGACAAAGGACAGGCAGACUUUAUCACCGCCGAUAAUUCACCGCUCAAAGUCUACCACCCAACUCAAGGACCAAGAUUCCCCCAGGGGCAGGCCACAUGUCUCCCGUAUUCACACCGAUGUUGGGACAGAACCAGGUGAACGACGUCAACAUGACCUUCGUGCUCCAUCGCCCUAUGCUCAUACAUACAUAUCAUCGCGGACGAGCACUCGAGAUAACUUGUUAUCUCCUAUGGAUGCUCAUCAUGUGAAGCGGCCUGUUUCGGUCCAUCCCCGGUCCAAGGGCCAAUUGCAUGAUAGCAGUGAUUCUGACCACAAGCCAAGGUCAAAGAGACACCAUGAGAGGAGCCGCAGCCGAGCUCCUCGUUACAGUCCCUCUCAGGCCCACCGUACAGAACCCCAGAGUUCUACCUCACAGCGAUCAAGGUCCAUUCGACGCCGAAGUCCAGAUUCAAAAGCAGCUCGUGAUGACCGCCGCUAUCGGAGUCGUGGUCCAGCAGAGGGGGGUGUCGGCCACUACAUUUAUACAGACCCAGAGGGCAUCACUCCGCCCCAAACCCCCAAGCCACCAAAUGACUCUGCGAGGUCAUCCACCCUAGAUACAGGCUUCGUAGCUGGGCCGCCAGCCACCAAGUCUAAUAAACGUGGUGUCUUAGACUCACCUUAUACAUCUUCUGCCGAAGAAAGCCAGGGCCGACAAUACGGCACAGGUGAUGAGAAGAGAUCUGCUCAUCGGGCGCGCUCCCGCCGUGGCUCCCGUCUCUACCGGGACAGAGACUCCGAACUACGGUCCUUGUACGGCCACGAGCAAGCCCCUCAAGACAAGGUGGAGAGAAAAAGGCUCAGCAAAGACUACGACUUGUCAGAGCCAGCCCUACGGGGAGAAAGUAUCCGCAGCCAGGGGUCGUCCCACAGGUCGUCAAAGGAUGCCAAAGAUUUCGAAGACGUUUUUGUGAAAGCAAUGGCGGCUAACGACAAAAAGCGAACCAGCAACAUCCAAUCUCGUCCAGCCUCACCAUUGAGCUCGGCCCCACAAAGUCCCCCUCACACUCCACGAGGCGAAAGCUCAGCUCGAGACUACUUUGAACCUCCGUCUUCUUCGAAAGCACCUGCACAUACCUCGAGGCCUAACUCGGCUGAAGACGCACGCUACAAGGAUUUCAAGACCAAUGCAACCCUGCUUGGAGUGGCCACUCUGGGUGCAUCGAUAGCGUCAAAGAUUAUCCCCAGCCUGUCACGCUCAAACACCAACAACUCGCUCGAGUCUCCCAGCUCGUCCAGCAACAAUCGAUCAAGGAAGAGUUCCCCAAUACUGGUGGACGGAGCAUUGCCAUCGCCUCCAGCCUCGGCACCCGUGACGCGUCACAAUUCAUAUGCUUCUCGAGAUGACAAUAUAAUCUCGCGCAGCACGACCCAUAUGAGUCACGAUGAACGUGGGCUGCCCAGCAAUGUUGUGCAAUCACCCGUCCAAAUUGAUGUCCCACGUUCUGCGUCAAGGGCAGCAUCAUAUUCCUACUCUCCUGACCAGCAUAGGCCGCCUGCACCAUUCCGAGCACAGUCUAGCAAUCUGGCGACGAAUCAGCCGACAAUGUAUGUCUACCCUCAGCCGCCACAGCCCACAACACCGGCAUUUUUCUACCAUGAAGAUAUGGGAAAGGCUGUCGCUCGACUGCCACCCUGCUCUCGACCCAAACCUGUUGCAGGCUAUCACGACUGGUACACCAUUCGCGAAUUAGGCAAUGUGCAAUUCUGUCCAGCCUGCACCAAGCUUUUGGGGGCUUCUCCAUUUCGGAGUUACUUGGUUCCACGAUUCUCACAGGAUCCUGGAGCCGUGGGUUGUAGCAUGGGUCAAAUAUGGUUCCGAAUUGGAUGGGUGCAGACGACGAGACAACCGAGGCAAGACUUCAAGUUGCUCCGAAGACUCUGUGCCGAGCCACCUCCAUCCACUAUGAAGUGCAUGGGAUCCCGAACUGACAUCAGAAGAUGGUACCACUUGACCGAUCCGAGGUCCAAGCGACCUGUGGAGGGAUUCGAUGUCUGCUCCUCGUGUGUGAGGAAUCUUGACAUGAUCUUUCCCCAAUUAUUGGAAUGCAAGCUGUUUGACCGGCCUACCAACACGCUCUCCAAAGAGAAAGUGUGUACCCUGAAUACCAGCAGUCGACAUUUCCUAGACAUUAUUACAGACUUGGACAGGUUGGCUAUCCGUCAGCAGAAAGGCUAUCUCCAAGAUAAAGACGUGGAAGGAUUCGUGGACCACGUCCGGGGAUACUGUCGCUACCGAGAGUGUAGACGCGAUACGAUGCUAGACACGCUCAUGUGGCACCAUAUUCACGAUCUCCCAGAGCUGACCAUUUGCGAAGAUUGCUACAUGGACUUCGUGUGGCCACUAGUGAAUCGACCGAUAGCGCGGGAAGUCAGCAAAUCUCUGACGCCAGUGCCCGCACGUCGUCGGAACCAAAUGAUUCGAGGAAUCAGCUGUCAACUCUACAGCCCACGAAUGCGGGCAAUCUUCUUGAACACCGUUAACCGCAACGACUUUGAAACCUUGAAGGCUGCGGCGAUCCAGAGAUUCGAGAUGGAGCAUCGGUGUCAAGAGAUGCAUCGGCGGCUGGAGGAGGAAAUGAAACUGGGAAUAGACAGAAGCACGGAGAUUGAAGACAACAUUAAACGCUGGCAGGCAAUCGAAUGAUGAUGAAGCAAUGAGCUACGAUUGAUGAUAGGUUUAAUGUCUCAGGUUGGGGACAUGCGGAAUCAGAUUGACCGAGAUUACAAAAGUGAAAAUCGGACUUUGACUGGAACGAUACCC